AUGUCUGUGGAGAGGCCCUUCGAAGCUUGGGAGGAGGUUCAGCGCCAUGGCCAGGACUUAGCGGACCGCCUUGCGCAGGGCUUCACGGGUUUGAUUCAGUCCCACAUCAGUACGCCGUCGUUCGCUUGGCCUAACCCUAACACGUCGAAGCUCUUCGAUCUCGAGUUCCCGAACCAGAGUUUCGGCAAGAGAGACUUUGUUGGGUUGGUGGCCGAGAACUCCGGGAUUAAUGGGGUUUCCGCGAUUCUCAAUAUCGGUAACAGGAUCGGGCAAGUCGGGGCGGAUUUCGGGGCGUGCUUGAAUGGGAUGGUUCAACAGUUCUUUAGGACCUUACCGGUACCGUUUAGGCAUGAUGAAAAUGCUGCUAUAGUGGCUGUUCGAAUUGAUUCGGAUAAGGUUAGGCAGAGAGCAGAUGCGAGUUUGAGUGGUAAGGAGGAUUUGGGGCCAUUGAAGGAACGCUCAAAGGAUUUCAGGGUUGUGGAGAGUGAUGGUGUCUCUGAUGGUUUGGUGGAUGAAGAACUUGCUGGCUUGAAUCUAAGGUCCGCUGGCCUUCUGGGUAGACCACUGGGGAGCAUAAAUACCUCAACAACUUAUGAUAGUAGAACACGUCAGCUAGAAAGUUCUUUCCUUGCAAGGGGAGAUCUAUGGAGAGUAGAGGCUUCGAGUGGCAGUUCCACAUCUAGAAAUGACAAUUCAUCACUCUUCCUUGUCCAGCUUGGGCCUGUACUCUUUGUUCGUGAUGCGACACUUCUUCUUCCGGUGCAUUUGUCAAAGCAACACUUGCUUUGGUAUGGCUAUGAUAGGAAGAAUGGGAUGCAUUCCCUUUGUCCGGCCGUGUGGUCAAAACACAGAAGGUGGCUCUUAAUGUCAAUGGUCUGCCUGAAUCCAUUAGCCUGUUCAUUUGUUGAUUUACAGUUUCCAAACGGGCAAUUUACAUUUGUAUCUGGUGAAGGGCUUUCUACAAGUGCUUUCUUACCUCUGUGUGGAGGCCUUCUACAAGCUCAAGGUCAAUAUCCUGGAGAAAUGAGAUUCAGUUUCUCUCGCAAGAAUAAGUGGGGAACACGCAUCACCCCAAUGAUACAAUGGCCAGACAAGUCUUUUACACUGGGUCUUUCACAAGCCUUGGCUUGGCAGAGAUCUGGUCUCAUGGUGAGGCCUACAAUUCAGUUCAGUUUAUGCCCCACUUUUGGUGGAAGCAAUCCUGGUUUGCGGGCAGAACUCAUUCACUCAGUGAAGGAGGAGCUCAACCUGAUAUGUGGUUGUGCAUUCACACCACAUCCUUCUGUGUUUGCUUCAAUAUCUGUAGGCAGAUCCAAGUGGAAUGGAAAUGUUGGGAACUCGGGGCUAGUUUUUAGAGUGGAUACCCCGCUUACCAAUGUUGAUCGACCUUCCUUCUCUGUUCAGUUAAACAAUGUCCUUGAGUUUUGA